AUGCCUUCACGCCAACGGGGUGGACUCCUCCAGGAAGCUCGUGAAGUCUACAACAGAGACUUCGACGCACAAUUCCCACUGUCUCCAAGCGUCCAUGGUUCCUCGGGAUCGUCUGAGGCUCCGUCAUCCGAAGACACUGACGAGGAAAACGACCGCCAACAAGAAAAUCAAGAACGGAUCGGCAUUCAGACUUGGCUUCGCUACCGACGUGAUCAUCCUCAUGCCUGUGGCCACCGCCCACGACCGACACCAGCCCAGCCCUUUAACUUUAUGGGCCUUCCCACGGAGACCCGCUGCGAGAUUUUACGGUUGCUACUCGAACGAAUCAAAGAAGUGACGGAUGUGAGCCUCAAAAAAUCGUUCGAAUCAUACAACAUGGUACCCGUGGAUACACGUCUCUUUGCUGUCAGUCGCCAGAUGCAGGUAGAUGCUGAAGUAGUCUUCUUCCGCUCGAACACAAUCCAUGUGCAUGUUGAACACUACGACUUACCAUUCUUCAUCACAAAUCCCCCGCCGUCUAUUCGGGAAUUAAGGAAGGUCCACCUGUCGAUCAGCCACUAUUCCAGCAUGCCGACCCAGCCAGUGCUGGCUGAGAACUUGGAAAAGCUUGCUGAUCUAUUGAAAGAUUGCAAGAAGCUUGUUCAACUAAAGAUAUCGCAACUCUGCCGGAGUGGUGAAUUCCCGAAGGUUUCCACACAUGUUUUAAGGGAUUCCUUGGAGUACUUCACUCGGGUUCGAGGGGUUAGUGAGGUAGUUCUCACUGAUCUCGAGCCUCCGAAAGAUGAUAACGCUGCUCUGAUUUACGCUCCUGAGAAGGUAACAACUCGCCUGAAGGCGAUUAUGCAGAGUCCGAAAACCGAAUAA